AUGAGCUUCGUCAAUUUGCUUUACACAGUCUGCUUAUUACUGCCGACCGAGUUAAAUUGGGACAGUAUCCAGCAUCAUCUCAAUUUGCAUAUCGGUGACGCUGAAUACAAAGCAAUUGCCGACGGUGGUCUGGUAGAUCCCAGUGGGGAAAUGGAUGUCUUACUCGAAGUCAAGGCUUUUGCUCAGAACGGUCUCUACUGCUCAGCAAGAGACGGCAAGCCCUUCUUUGCAAAGGCGAUGGUUAAGCGGGUUAGGCAAAACGAUGUUCCCAGCGGGGACGUCGCGACAGAAACCACGGAAAAGCAGUUGUCGCAUGGGCUUACACAUCCCCUGGUCACCGUCCCAAUUUGGACAUAUGUUGGUCACCCUAACUUUAUUGUGCAUAGAUGCAGGUUCUAUAUUUAG